UCUUAGUGUUUUCUGCAUUCUGUCCCAGCGGAUCUGAUUCCUGUUCUGAAGAACUGAAGUUCAGCAUCGUUAGUUAAAUUCAGCUGCUGCCUGACUGUACACCACAGCAAAGGCUUUGGAGACAUUUCACAGUUAAAACUAUAAUGACUUUCUUGGAGUGUAAUCCCAGUGGAGGCUGUUCUACAUAUAGCCUGAAAGAAUACUUAACUACCAUCAGCAAUUCUGCAGAGACCUUGUAAAAAACACACUUUACACCAAACAACUGAGUGAUUCUGAGUUGGUUGGGGGAACCUUAGUUGUAGAUAUCAAUUUACCUUCUUGAAGACUCAACCACUGCUACUCAGAGAGCUGCUGCUGAAAUACCAUGUCUAAGAACUCAGAGUUCAUCAAUCUGUCAUUUUUAUUGGAUCAUGAGAAGGAAAUGAUCCUGGGCGUCCUAAAGAGAGAUGAAUAUUUGAAAAAAGUGGAGGACAAGAGAAUAAGGAAGCUGAAAAAUGAACUCUUAGAAGCAAAACGUAGAAGUGGGAAAACUCAACAAGAGGCCAGCAGAGUUUGUGUUCACUGUCAGAGAAACCUGGGCCUAAUCUUUGACCGGGGAGACCCUUGUCAGUCUUGCUCACUGAGGGUAUGCAGGGAGUGUCGAGUUGCAGGCCCUGAUGGCAGCUGGAAGUGCACUGUCUGUGACAAAAUCGCGCAGCUAAGGAUUAUAACUGGUGAGUGGUUUUUUGAAGAAAAGGCAAAACGUUUCAAGCAAGUCAAUGUUCUCGGCACUGAUGUUGUCCGACAGUCCAUUUUAAGAAGAAGUCCAGGAGCUGAAGAAGUACAGAGCCAAGAGCAAACCUGCCAGGAUGCAGAAGAGUCAGACACUUCACCUGUUGCUGGGAAGAAGGCCAGCCAUGAUGGACCCAAGAGAAAGGGAUUUCUUCUUAGCAAGUUCAGAUCAGCAACCAGAGGAGAAAUCAUAACUCCCAAAACUCAAAGUGGGCGGAGCUAUAGCUUGGACUUAGACGGUCAACAUUUUAGGAGUUUAAAGUCAGCUCCUGGUUCAGACAGGGGAAGCACUGGCUCAUCAGAUCUCAAUGACCAAGAAGCUGGUUCUAGGACCCCAAAGAGCAGUAGGAGCAGUGGUGUCACCCCAGUCACUCAGAGGUCUCCAGCCCCAAGCACACGAAGUGUGACCUCAGUCAUUAGUAGAGAGUAUGGUUUUGAAAAUUCCACAGAUUUGGCUGCUCUUGAAGGUACCUCUCAGGAGUUCACAAAGAGUCACCGCAGAAACACUUCUGGCACACCUUCCAUAGCAGUGUCUGGAACCUCUCUCUCCUCAGAUCGGAGUCGAUCUGAGUUAGAUUUGAGUGAGUCAUUUACAGAAGACUUAGAGGAUACAGUAAGCAUAAGAAGCAAGUCUGUCCCUGGGACUUUAGACAAGGACUCCUUGGAAGAGACUGAAGAAAGCAUUGAUGCCUUAGUGUCCUCGCAGUUAUCUACAAACACCCACAGUCUGGCAAGUGGCCUAUCAACUAAUUCUCAAGCAGGUUCUGACAGGAAGUGGACCUACCUAAAUGUGCCUGAUGCUGACUCAGACACUACCAGUCUUAACAGCAUGAUGAGUGUUUACAGUGAAACCGGAGACUAUGGCAACGUGAAAGUCAGUGGUGAAAUCCUUCUCCAUAUCAGCUACUGCUACAAAACUGGUGGGCUCUACAUUUUGGUCAAGAAUUGCAGAAAUCUGGCCAUAGGAGAUGAAAAGAAACAGAGGACAGAUGCUUAUGUCAAGUCAUACCUUCUUCCUGACAAGUCCCGGAACAACAAGCGUAAGACCAAAAUCAGAACAGGCACCAAUCCAGAAUUCAAUGAAACACUAAAGUACACCAUCAGCCAUACCCAGCUGGAAACAAGAACUCUGCAGCUGUCAGUCUGGCACUAUGAUCGAUUUGGACGUAAUAGCUUCCUCGGGGAAGUAGAGAUUCCUUUUGACUCAUGGAACUUUGAAAAUCCAACUGAUGAGUGGUUUGUGCUUCAACCCAAGGUGGAGUUUGCUCCUGAUAUUGGCCUUCAAUACAAAGGAGAGCUGACAGUUGUUUUACGUUACAUUCCCCCGGAAGAGAAUCUGAUGCUUCCGCCAGAACAACUCCAAGGAAAUAAGACUUUUAAAAAGGGAAAGAAGAAGGAGUCACCUGUAAUCUCUGGAGGAAUACUAGAAGUGUUCAUCAAAGAAGCAAAGAAUUUGACAGCAGUGAAGUCAGGAGGCACUUCUGAUAGCUUUGUGAAGGGCUACCUGCUCCCUGAUGAUAGCAAAGCCACCAAGCACAAAACUCUGGUAAUAAAAAAGAGUGUUAACCCUCAGUGGAAUCAUACAUUCAUGUUCAGUGGCAUCCAUCCCCAGGAUAUAAAGAAUGUUUGCCUAGAACUUACCAUCUGGGACAAGGAGGCCUUUUCCAGCAACAUUUUUCUGGGAGGAGUUCGUUUGAAUUCUGGAAGUGGUGUGAGCCAUGGGAAGAACGUGGAUUGGAUGGACUCUCAGGGGGAAGAGCAGCGCCUUUGGCAGAAGAUGGCCAACAACCCUGGAACUCCUUUUGAGGGUGUACUCAUGCUUCGUUCCAGCAUGGGAAAGUGUAGACUCUAGAGGGACCAGUUCUCCAAGAAUGAGGCCACCAGGGCCUAUCUGGCUGUCUUUUCCUACCAGUAGCAAACUGAGACCUGGGAUUCUGCUUCCCUGCCAUUUCUCAUCUGACAGUAUCGGGACAUGAAGGGAGAGAUGUCAGUAGUAUGAACAUUUAGGGUCUUGUUGAGUGCCUAAAAAACAUAUAUUUUCUUCCAAUCAGGGCCUUCUUGAUUGGAUGAUAGAAAGUGUACUACUCUGUCCUGUCAACGAGCAAAUUGUGCAAAGGUUUAUAGGGUUUAUACCAUAAAAGAAAUGGCACAAGCUCAUUUGAAACGACAAUUGAGAUUGGGGUCCUCCAUUUGCUAAUUAUAAGUUACUUUAGAUUUUCUCAAAUCCUUUGAAGAGAAAGGGGACCACUGAGAAGGUAGAUCACUUGAAAAGUUAGAAGAAAUGAUACUGGCCAACUGUUGCUCACCCUAGGAAUCCACAUGCUCUCAAGAAGGCAUUGUGGGGAUGGUUGCUUGAGCAAGGGGGUUGUCCUGUUAUUGCAGCAAACUUGUGUAUUAACCAAGUAGUAUUUCAAGAUGGACUGACAGGGCUUUCUAUGAUUACUAUAUAAUUUAUCAUCUAAAUCAGUUUAUUUUUGAGAACAAAGAGACCUAAAUAACUACAUCAGAACAAUUGAUGUUGAUUAGAAUUGACCUGGGAAAAUUGGGAUGUAGGGUAACCCUACUGAUGACCUAAGAGAGCUCUGUUGUAAACAUUUAUUUUAUAAAAUGUUCUAAGCCAUUAACUAAAGGGGAAUGAGAAAUAAUGGUCAAUUGAUGUACCUUUUCACAUUGUGUUCAUUGAUGAGACUAGUUUAAUGAAAAAGGAGGUACUCUACCUGCUAUUUUACUUCUGUUUCUCUUCUGCCCUGUUAUGGGAGAGAAUCAAGGACUCCAUCUGCUCUCUCCCCCCUUGUCUUCUCCUUCGUUGAGUUUUUCUUAUCUCCUUUUGCAGUGGUUAACCAUUGUCACAAUAAUGCUGAAUGAAAAAAACACACCAAAUGUCAGUGGCUUAAAAUGACAAUCCUUUUUCUCAUAGUUCUGAAGACUGGCUAUGGCACCUCUGCUUCCUGCUACAGGCCUGAGGUUCUAGGUUGGCUUCUUAUGCCUCAUCCUCUUUGAGCCCAAGGGAUAGCCAGAGCAUCUGGAUGGCAGAAUUGCAAUAGGAUGAGCCCCACUGCUCGGGUACAUUUUCAGCCCCUGGUUGUGUCAUGUCUACUGAUAUCUCAUUGGUCAAAGGAAGUCAGAUGGCCAACAUGAAGAGGCAGGGAAAUAUGCACUGCCCACAGUGAUGCCAUGACAAGAGUGAGGAUGCAGGAAGGGAUGAAGAAUUGGGGCCAACAGUUCAAUCUACCAUAUCUUCUCUCACUUGGAAUUCCAGAUGCUUGAGCCACGAAACUUAGAUGCAAAGAAAGUUAAAGCUAGAAGGAACCUCAGGCCCAGUUCCUCAUUUUGCAGAUUCCAAACGUGAAUUUCAGAGAGCUGAGAUAACUUGCCCAAGGCCAUAUAGAGGCUGUGACUAAAUCUGGACUUAAAUGCAGGCUAUCAAUCUUAGGCCAGUGUUCUUUUUUCACUACAGUCCUUGGCAUAAUGCUAUGCUUAUUAAGGUGGAUAAGAGGGCAUAUGUCAAGAAAUUUGAAGCAGAGUCCGAUUACUUGAGCAUGAACAUACCUGACCAAGGUAUGUUCUGGAGUCAUAUUCUAGCCUCUGAGCUCAUUUUUUUCAUAUGAAUUCAUAUAAAAUCCUUGAAAGUUUAGAAACUGAGUUUUAGUAGUAACAGAGCUAGAAUCAGCUUCAGGCUUAUUUCUGCUAGUUGUUCCAUAUUUCUAGAUUUCCUCUUGAAUUUUGAAAACUGAUUUAAGAAUAUAUUUAGUAUUAUUAUUAGUAAGGGAAUAAGCAAUCCAAUUUCAAUUUUAUUCAGAAAUAGGUCACCUAAUUCUAGAAAAUGGUUAUUAGUCUAGUGUCGCUUAGCAAGGUACUUAAAAGAAAAAACUGCACAUAUCCCUGUGCUGCACUUCUUAAAAACAGAAAACAAAAAGUGUAAGAUCAUCAUUGCUUCCCACAUAGGAAAAAUAAAAUGUCUUCAGACUUGAUGUGA